AUGGCAACCGCUGCCUCUGAUGGCCCGGCCAAGCGCGAGCAGCACAUCGACUCAAACACCACCCAGAAUGGCGGCGAGGACACCGAAAAGGCGGUGCCCCUUGGGGAUGCCACCGACGAGGAAUCGGGAGCCGGUUCCCCGCAGCCGGACUCGAAACUCCAGCGAUGGAACGACACGCCCCUCAACAUCUUCCGCUAUUUCACCACUAUCUACUGCUUCAUCCUGAUGGGCAUGACGGACGGCGCGCUCGGUGCCUUGCUCCCAUACAUCGAAGGGUACUACUCCAUCAGCUACACGGUCGUCUCGCUCGUCUUCCUCUCCCCAUUCGUCGGCUACCUCCUCGCAGCGCUCCUCAACAACCUCAUCCACCACCACUUCGGCCAACUGGGCGUGGCCAUCCUCGGCCCCAUCUCCCGCCUGAUCGGCAUCAUCCCGCUCAUCUUCCACCCGCCCUACCCGGCCCUCCCCGUCAUCCUCCUCUUCACCGGCUUCGGCAACGGCAUCGAGGACUCGGCCUGGAACGCCUGGGUCGGCAACAUGCACCGCGCCAACGAGCUGCUGGGGUUCCUGCACGGCGCCUACGGCCUCGGCGCCACCAUCGGCCCGCUGAUCGCCACCGCCAUGGUCACCCGCGCGGGCCUCCCCUGGUACACCUUCUACUAUGUCAUGGUCGGCGCCGACGGGCUCGCGCUGUUCCUGACCGUCCCGGCGUUCUGGCGCGCCACUGCCAAGGUCCAUCGCGCGGCCAUGCUCGAGGCCAGCAACGGCGCCCCGCGCACCACCACCCGCACCGUGCUGCGCUCGCCGGUGGUGUGGCUGGUCGCGCUGUUUUUGCUGGGCUAUGUUGGCGCUGAGGUGUCGCUGGGCGGGUGGAUCACGACCUUUAUGCUGCGCGUGCGGCAUGCGCCGCCGUUUAUGGCGGGCUUGACGGCGACGUUCUUUUGGCUGGGCUUGACUGUGGGGCGGGUUGUGUUGGGGUUUGUGACGGGCAUGAUUGGUGAGAAGUUGGCGAUUGCUGCUUACUUGUUGUUGUCGGUUGCCCUGCAGUUGCUGUACUGGCUGGUGCCCAACUUUGCCGCCUCGGCGACGUUUGUCACUUUCCUGGGUUUUUUCCUCGGCCCGCUGUUUCCCGCUGCUGUCGUCGCUGCUACGAAGCUGCUGCCGCGCGAUUAUCACGUCUCGGCCAUUGGGUUUGCUGCGGCGUUUGGUGGCGGUGGUGCCGCGCUGUUCCCAUUUGCGGUUGGCGCUAUCGCGCAGAGCAAGGGCGUCGAGGUGCUGCAGCCAGUGGUGCUGGCCAUCUUGGUGUUUAUCCUGCUGAUGUGGUUGCUGUUGCCUGGUGGGCUGAGGAUGGGCGGGUUGGAGAAGGCGAGGGAUAACAAUGAGAAGGUUGGUGAUGAUUUCCGAAAGGGCAUGGCGUGGGUUAGGGGGAGGUCGGCGAAGACGGAGUGA